AUGGCUCUGAACGCGGCGACCAGUGACGCAGUGUCAAUCACCGAUGAAAUUGAGCAGCUAGAGGCCCAGCUUGAAGAUGCCCGUGCCAGACUGAAACUAUCGCAAUUGAGCACCAAGGAUGGAGAUCCGACGGCUACCAUUUUGACGCCCUCGCCAUCAUCAUCAACUCACUUUCUUCUUCUCCUGUCGGAUUCGGCAUUGCCCCUCGGCGCAUUUGCCUUCAGCAGUGGCCUCGAGUCCUACCUAGCUCACAACCCCCGCUCAUCCACCUUCUCAGAAUUCCUGCCCUCGUCCGUCUCGUCCUUCGCCUCCACAACGCUGCCAUUCGUCCUCGCUGCUCACCGCGAUCCAAAGUCCCUCUUCGACUUGGACGACCAGCUUGACGCGGCGGUCAUCUGCACCGUGGGCCGUCGGGCAAGCAUCGCCCAAGGCCGUGCGCUGCUGAGCGUCUGGGAGAGAUCGUUUCGAUCCGCGGUGUCCGAGGUGCCGGAGCUACAGCUGCUGAGGGAAUUCUCGACGCUGUUGAGGGAGAGCAAGGGAGAAGUUCCGGUGGUAUCUGCGCACCUGGCGCCGCUCUUCGGUGCCAUCUGCGCCAUCGUUGGGCUGAGCCUCCGCCAGGCGGCCUACGUCUUCAUGUUGAGUCACGUCAAGGCGCUCAUCUCCGCAGCGGUCAGAGCCAGCGUGUUUGGGCCGUUCCAAGCCCAGAAAGUGCUAGCAGGAGAGCGUGUACAGAGUAUGAUUGAGUUGAUGAUUGACAGGGAGUGGAACACGCCUGUCGAGGAAGCUGGGCAGAGCGUGCCCGUGAUGGAUCUAUGGAUUGGUCGACAUGAGCUCCUUUAUUCGAGAAUAUUCAAUAGCUAG